GUAUAGUGUCUUUCCAUUAACUACAACACCAAAAAUAUAAGAAAAUGGAUAACAAUAAUGAUUCACCAAAAUCACUAACCGGACAACACUUUCUGUUCGUGACAUUUCCAGCACAAGGCCACAUCAACCCAUCUCUCGAGCUCGCCAAGCGCCUCGCCGGAACAAUAGCCGGAGUUAGAGUCACCUUCGCUGCCCCUAUCUCCGCCUAUAACCGCCGUAUGUUCUCCAAAGAAAACGUCCCUGAAAACCUAAUCUUCGCCACUUACUCCGAUGGCCACGAUGACGGCUUCAAGUCCUCCACUUCCUCGGACAAAGCUCGCCAAGACACUGCGGGACGUUACAUGUCUGAGAUGAAAAGACGCGGCAGAGAAACCUUAACCGAACUAAUCGAAGAUAACCGGCUUCAAAACCGGCCUUUUACCUGCGUGGUUUACACCAUCCUCCUCACUUGGGUCGCUGAGCUGGUGCGUGAGUUUCACAUCCCAUCUGCUCUUCUCUGGGUCCAGCCCGUAACUGUCUUCUCCAUCUUCUAUCACUACUUCAACGGCUACGCAGAUGCAAUCUCAGAGAUGGCUACUAACGACCCUUCUGGCUCUAUUAAGUUACCUGCUCUGCCACAGUUUUGUCUCCGUGAUCUUCCCACGUUCAUCGUCCCUGCAAACACGUACUCGUUUCUCCUACCGGCGUUUCGAGAACAGAUAGAGUCGCUGAAGCAAGAGGAAAACCCUAAGAUCCUUGUCAAUAGUUUCCAAGAGCUUGAAGAAGAAGCUUUUAGCUCGGUUCUUGAUAAUUUCAAGAUUCUGCCCAUCGGUCCACUGAUAACAUCUAGGACCGACUCCGAGAGAGGCGCUGAAUACAUACAGUGGCUGGAUACAAAGACGGAUUCAACCGUGUUGUAUAUUUCUUUUGGAACACUUGCCGUGUUGAGCAAGAAACAGAUUGUGGAGCUCUGCAAGGCGUUGAUACAUUGUCGGAGGCCGUUUUUGUGGGUGAUUACGGAUAAGUUAUACACAAGUAAAGAAGAUGGGGAAGAGAACGAAGAAGAGAGCACAAGGAGUUUCAGAGAAGAGCUGGAUGAGAUAGGAAUGGUGGUUUCUUGGUGCGAUCAGUUUAGUGUUUUGAAGCAUAGAUCGAUAGGUUGUUUUGUGACGCAUUGCGGGUGGAACUCGUCGCUGGAGAGCUUGGUGGCGGGAGUUCCGGUGGUUGCGUUUCCACAGUGGACUGAUCAGAUGACGAAUGCAAAGCUUCUAGAAGAGUGUUGGAGGACAGGUGUGAGAGUGAUGGAAAAGAAAGAUGAUGCAGAGGUUGUGGUGGAGAGUGGGGAGAUACGGCGGUGCAUUGAGGAAGUAAUGGAGGAGAAGUCGGAGGAGUUUAGAGGAAAUGCGGCGAGGUGGAGAGAUUUAGCGGCGGAGACGGUGAAGGAAGGAGGAUCUUCGUUUAAACAUCUCAAAGCUUUUGUCAGUGAGCACAUUUGCUGACACUUUUAAAGAGAAACAGUUGCAUCCAUCCAUGAUACUGAUACUUGAUGAGAAACAGAAAGGGAACAUAAGAAAACAAAUGGUUAAUGAGGCUGGGAGACUUUCAUGAAGAAAAUUUGGGAACAAAUUCAAGACUUGCAAGAAGCAAUAUAAAUCUUAUAUAUAAGAAGUUGAGUCGGAACAGAACAUGACUUGGUUUUGAUACAACUGGAUUCAUCAACAUGAGUGAGGAAUGAUGGAGCGAGCAAUGUAAGGUACAAGUUCUAUGAUCCCUUUAGAUUCACUGGUUCAGUUUUUUAUUCAGUAUGUUAUCACUUCUUAUAUCAAUACAGCAAUUAACGUUUUAUUGUGUUCAGUUCAUUGUUUCUGUAUUAGACUGUUUACAUUGAUGUAUUUGAUUGUUUGGACACUAAGUUCAUGAAAGUACUGUUAUCUAGAUUGUGUUUGACUAAUGAACUAGCUGUAUAAGUCUUUUUACACUAAAGUUUUUUUCCCACUUUGAAUUGUGUUCUCCUUGCUUCGGGAGUGGCAUGGUGCUAGAGAAAUAAAAUAUAAACAGGUACCAGACAUAGAUUUGAUGGAGAAUGUCGUUGGGACGGUUUAUAUUAGUGGAUGUGAAGUCGGACUGCUCAACAAGGUGAAGAGGUUUUAGAUACAAAGUACUCGUAUCAUGUGGAUGAUGCUUAUGUUGAAGUUGAUGCCGAAUCAAGGCAUGAUAUCCCUAUUCAAGGAACUGAUCUUGGAGCUGAACCAAGGCAUGAUAUCCCUACUCAAGGAAUUGAUAUUACAUCUGAAUCAAGGAAUGUUGGCCCCUCCUCUUCUAGGUCAAAUUCUAAUAAGAGAAGAUCAAGGGUUGCAUAAGCAAUACACGUUGUGGCAGAUGUGAUUAGGAAGAGUGGUUAAUCGCGUGACAAGAUUCUUUCCCAAAAGAAUUGUCUAACAGAGAACCAUCAUGAGUUUAGUUGUAGUCAGCUUCGGGAGGUUCUAUACUCUUUGCCUACUAUAAGGGUGUAAUCUCUUUUACACAAAGCCUCUAUUAACCAUCUCAAGAAAGAUCCUGAAAAUCAUCAAAAAAAACUUGUCUUAUAGAGAGGAAGAGAAUAAUGUUCUCUAUUUGGAGUAUGCAACCGGUGAAAGCAGAGAUACAUGAAGACUUGUUUAUGUUUAGUCUAAUAUGAAUCAUGUUUAUGAUUAUAUUCAUGACUUUAUUUUAAUGAGUUUCACUCUACAAAACUUUCCUAUGAUUUUUUUAUUUUGAAAUGCAACUCUAGUCGAUCAGCUGUUUUUAGGCAAGGAUCUUAUGUAGCGGUACAUACACUUAUGUAGCUUUGAUCAUUAAGAUAUAAUGAAAAAUCAAGUAUGUGGUAA